UUUGUGUUUUCGACGAGCACGGGUGACUAAAGAUGGCUGCCCCACCUCCGCUCGACGACAAGGCUCUCUGGCAAGACGAUGAUUCUCUCGGCGAAGAGGUUCUGCGGAUGUCCGCCGACGAGAUCAUCAGCCGGACGAGGCUGCUGGACAACGAGGUUAAGAUCAUGAAGAGCGAGGUGAUGCGCAUCUCGCACGAACUGCAGGCGCAGAAGGAGAAGAUCAAGGAGAACAACGAGAAGAUCAAAGUCAACAAGACGCUCCCUUACCUCGUGUCCAACGUCAUCGAGCUGCUCGACGUCGACCCGCAGGAGCUGGGCGAAGAGGACGGCGCCAAUGUGGACCUCGACUCGCUGCGCAAGGGCAAGUGCGCCGUCAUCAAGACGUCCACGCGGCAGACCUACUUUCUGCCAGUCAUCGGCCUGGUCGACGCCGAGAAGCUGCGCCCGGGAGACUUGGUGGGUGUCAACAAGGACUCGUAUCUCAUCCUCGAGACGCUGCCGCAGGAGUACGACUCGCGCGUCAAGGCCAUGGAGGUGGACGAGCGACCCACUGAGCAGUACAGCGACAUCGGCGGUCUCGACAAACAGAUCCAGGAGCUGGUCGAGGCCGUCGUCCUCCCCAUGACUCACAAGGAGAAGUUCGUCAACCUCGGCAUCAGUCCUCCCAAGGGAGUCCUCUUGUACGGACCUCCCGGAACGGGAAAGACCUUAAUGGCUCGCGCCUGCGCCGCGCAGACCAAGUCCACCUUCCUCAAACUGGCCGGCCCCCAGCUGGUCCAGAUGUUCAUCGGCGACGGAGCCAAGCUUGUCCGGGACGCCUUCGCGCUGGCCAAGGAGAAGGCGCCUGCCAUCAUCUUUAUCGACGAACUGGACGCGAUCGGAACCAAGCGUUUCGACUCUGAGAAAGCGGGAGACAGGGAGGUUCAGCGUACCAUGCUCGAGCUUCUCAACCAGCUCGACGGUUUCAGCUCGAGCGCAGACAUCAAGGUGAUCGCGGCCACCAACCGGGUGGACAUCCUGGACCCGGCUCUGCUGAGGUCCGGUCGGUUGGACAGGAAGAUCGAGUUCCCGCACCCCAACGAAGAGGCCCGGGCGCGCAUCAUGCAGAUUCACUCGCGCAAGAUGAACUUCGACAAGGACGUCAACUUCGAGGAGCUGGCCCGGUGCACGGACGACUUCAACGGCGCCCAGUGCAAGGCGGUCUGCGUCGAAGCGGGCAUGAUCGCUCUCCGGCGGGGCGGUGAAAAGGUGACGCACGAAGACUACAUGGACGCUAUCAUGGAAGUGCAGGCCAAGAAAAAGGCCAACCUCAACUACUACGCUUAAGCGUGGUGGUAGAAGUGUUUGCUUUCUUUCUCAGUUUUUUUUUUCUCAUUAAAGCCUGUUCUUUAAUUCAA